ACUGACUCGCUGUAAACCCCACAGUGCCCCUGUCUGCCUAGGAGGCCUGCACUGUUAGGCUGCAGCUCCUGGGUCCCGUAUCAGCCAAGCAGGCCAACCAGAGAGGCCCCAGGUUUGGGGUUCAUGGUUGGGCUGUGGACCAGGAGGCCACCCAUGUUGGGGGAUGUGCGGGUGUUCCCAGUUCCUGAGCUCUUGCCGGGCAGGAGCUGGGGUGGAGACAAGGGGCAAGGAUGCAGUCACCUGCUCCUGCGAUGUGGGCGUUUCUGUCCUCUUGACAUCAGGACAGAAGGUGGACGCACCAGGCCUUGCUUCAUGUGUCUGUUUUCCCAGGCGUGCUGCUGUUGUCUCCCCAUAGCUCUCCCUGUACCCUGGGCUCUGGUGCUUGUAUGUGUGUGUGUGUGUGUCGGGGGGGUGGGCGUCUCUUGUGUGGUUCUGCUGCAGGAACCCAGAACCGGAUGGCCUGCUGGUGCCAGCCUACAGAGCUCCGAACUCCCCGGCAUGGCUCUGUCAUUGGCCCUGUUGUCCCACGCGGGGGUCAGAGCUGCCUUGAACAUGUUGGAGGCCUUCCGUGGCCCCCUAUUGUACUAUGCAGAGUGUCAUGGCGUCAUCUAUGUCAUCGACUCCACGGACGAGGAGCGGCUGUCUGAGUCCAAACAGGCAUUUGAAAAGAUGGUCAUAAGCGAGGCGCUGGACGGUGUCCCUAUCCUGGUGCUGGCCAAUAAGCAAGAUGUUGAGACUUGCCUCUCCAUCCCUGACAUCAAGACUGCGUUCAGCGACUGUGCCUCCAAGAUCGGCAGGCGGGAUUGCCUGACCCAGGCCUGCUCGGCCCUCACGGGCAAGGGGGUGCGCGAGGGCAUUGAGUGGAUGGUGAAGUGCGUCGUGCGGAAUGUGCACCGGCCGCCGCGGCAACGGGACAUCACGUAGGCACACCUGCCUGUGCGCCCACCGCUUGUCCUGAAGAGCUCCUGCCCGCUCCACACCACCAAUCCUGGGGGCUGGGUCGGCUUUGCCUUUUGGUUUUCCCAUUUGCUUUGUUUCUUCUCUAAGACAAAUUUUUCUGUGUCCAGAAAAGCAUAGGCAUCCGGAACCUUCUGCAAGGGGUGCUGGGGCUUCCCUAAGGCCGGCUGAUGCCAGCCGGCCACCAGCAGAACUUAGCAGGCCCAAGGCCCAGGUUGGGGCCCCUGUGGGCCACCUCUCCUUUUGGAGCUGCUGCCACAGCAGGCCUGCCGGUUUGGCCCUGCAUGGGACCUUGGUGGGGAGCUGCUUGGAAAUAGGUUUUUUCAGAGCUGUGGGGCCUUCCAUAGUCCUCAAGGCUGCUCUGUGCCUCAUGCCUAUGGAGGCAGCUAUGACUCCUUGGCCUCUGCUCUCUGAUCUUGGAGUUGGGUGGGGGGGUUGGUGUCACCUGAGGAAGACCUGGGCUUGUUGCAGUCCCUGUCCUGAUGCAGCUUCAGGAGGAGGCAGGGAGACCUGCCUGGGAGGCUGUGAGCCCCACCCACUGGCCCAGCCACCUUGUUUUGAUCUCCAGUGAAAAUGGGAAAGCUAGGUGGUUGUGCUGGUAGUGGGCAUCUGCUCCCCACCCCCCAGCCUGCCUGCCACCCACCCAAAAUAACCUAGAUACGAAUUCGGGGUGUGAUGAAGGCCAGCAGGGUCCCAAGGAGCCCAGGCUAGUAGUGUGCUGGGCCUGUGCUCCCAGCUGGGUGGUGAGGGCUGGGGCUGCUCUCAGGUCUGGGCCUUUUCCAGUCCUGUGUCUGGGAGCAGAGGCCCUCCAGGCAAGGCUGGUCCUCAGGACCCUCCCACAUGGCCCUUUGUGGAAGUUGGUGACACCCUCUGAGCCUAGCCAUGGGCAAAAUAAAGAGUUGGAGUGGC